AUGACAGAUACAGUAUUAUUAUUAUUACAAGAAACUAUACAACUAGCAGAAUCAUGCAAAGAUAGAGGAAAUCAAGAAUACUCUAAACAAAACUACAAGGAAGCUAUUUCAAGUUACUCUAAAGGUGUUGUUGCAAUUGGUGAAUACCUUCAACAACAUGUAGGAGGAGGAGGAGGAGUAGUUGUAGAUGGAGAAAAGGAAGAUGAGAAUAUGACAAGAUUAAAGAAAUUGGCAAGUCAAUUGUACUGUAACCGUGCAGUAUCUUGGUUGAAUGCACCAGCACAAUUAAAAAACUAUCAGGAAGCAUUGGAUGAUGCAAAGAAAUCGAUAUCGUUUGACGACACAUUUGCCAAAGCGUACUUGCGUAUGGCAGAGAGUUUGAUAGGACUCGAUUGUUAUAAAGAGGCAAAGGAUGCAUACUUGCAGUGCAUCCGUCGUAUUGCAGUCGACCCCAACGACAAGACUGCCAACGCACACAACACUCUAUUGACACAGGCCACCAACGGACUCAACAACAGCAAGAUGAAGAUGUUUUACGAACCCAUCCUCACAGAGAAACCCGACCACUAUGGCAAGAUCGAGUUGCGUUACACCGAUGAGAUUCGUCGCAAGUCUCUAUUUGCAAGAUGCGAUGUUAAAAAGGGUGACGUUGUCUUUACUGACACGGAUCUCUACGCCAAUAUCAAAUCUCCAUCUCUUGACAUCAACACAUACCAAAGAUUAUUUUGUGAUCAUUGUAUGGGUCAGUUGCCAAAGGUCUCAGAGACAGAGACAGCAGAGAAGGUUGUAUUAUGUAAAUAUGGAUGUACACGUAUAAUGAUUGGUAGUAAUACUGUAGAUACAACCAAAUAUUGUAGUGAAAAGUGUAGAGAUGACGCGUGGGACGAAUACCAUUGCCAAGAGUGCGGUAGUAUGUCUCAACCACAGGCUGGCGAGUUGGACGUUGUCUCGAGGGUGCAUGGGAUCACCGAGUACAGAAAGAUGGUCCAUGGCGUGCCGACAGAGGCGUCGCUCCUUUUGGCCGAGCGUAUCAUCGCCAUCAUCUCGACCAAGCUAAAGAAGGGACAUGUCAAGAACUGCAACUUGGCACUUGGCAAACUCCAACAUCUCCGUCGCGACCCACUCAUGCAAAUUCAAAAAAGUUUUAAUGGCAACAACUUGGAAGAGCUCCAAAACCAAUACAAACCACUCCUCGCAUUCCUCAAACAAUCCUAUGGCAUUAAACUAACAUCUCUAGAUACCAUUCAAUAUAAAUCAGAUAACAAAAUUUUAAUUGAAGAAUUGGAAAAGUUGUUUAGUAAUAAAUUUUAUGAUGAAAUAUUAGGAUUAAUUAAUUAUAAUUCAAUAUCAACAUUUGUGUAUGGAGAGGAGACAGUGAUCAAUACAGGUGCCAAAAACAAAAAGAUGCAACCAAAACUAAGACAAUAUUGUUUGGGCAGUGCUUUGAUUCCCAUUUUUGCAUGUCUCAAUCAUUCAUGUGCUCCCAAUAUCGAGAUGGGUCGAGAACAACGCGACGGCGUGACCAAGGCAAUAGCAGUCAUGAUUGCCAAACAAGAUAUUAAAAAGGGUCAAGAGUUGUUAACCUCGUACAUUGAUGAAAGCAAUCCAUUCAAAGAUAGACAAUCCAUUCUUUCUUCUCAAUAUGGUUUCACUUGCAAUUGUAAUAAAUGUUCAAAACGUCGUUAA